CCUCGCGCGCUCUUCCCUUUCAAACCGACACUGAUCUUCAAGUCGCUCUAAACCGAAGAAACCGUUAAUUUUAAAAUUCAGAACAUUAAAAUUCCACCUUAAGAGGUAUAAUGACAGAAGAUAGCGUCGCUUGUGUGAUUAAAACACCAGUCCCGCUCCAAAUUGGGGAUAUAAAAUCCAACUCCGGGAAGCCUGGUGUUUUUGCAAUUGAUAUCUCUUUUCCACGUGAAAGGGGAAUUAAUCUUCGGGCCAUCACGUUUAAGAAUUACUACACUGCUUUCUUAACUAUACGUAUUCACCGACCUGUUCUCUCAGAGUCUGACAAAAAAACGGCAAAAUGGAAUACCUGUACAAGGAAUUUACCUCUGAUGCCCAAUCCCCAUGCUGAGAAGGGAUCUCAGGACUACUUUUCUGUUCAUAAACAUCAGAUGCUGUGCGAACCAAAUGGGGUGACAGCAAUGCGCCUGAUUCUUCGACAACCAUCUCCAGUUUGGCUAAGUUUUUCAGUAGAAGACAUCAAACUAUAUGAAUGUGACCAGGAUAAUCUACAGAGAGGAAAUGGAUCAUGGCUGUCCCAUCUUACUCCACUGGAGAGACCUUUGAACUUAAAUGUUGGCCUCCCCGAUCCUGAGGCUGUGGCUUCCAGUGUACAACACAUGUGGCUGUUAACUGAAAUGGUUCGAAACACUCCGACUUGCACCCGUGUUGGACGUUUUGAUGUGGAUGGUUCCUAUGAUAUCAACUUGCUGUCCUACACCUGACUGCUCCAUCCUACAAUACAAUUUCUUCUGGGAAGGUCUGAAUUCAAAGUAUCUUAUGUGUGAGUGUACAUGCUCCUCCAGGUUUGUGUGACUCGAUGUCCUUAACAAAGCUUGAAGUGUCACAGGACCCUUUUUGCUAUUUGCCAGACCGCUGCUUGUUAUCCGCAUAUUAAGUUAUUAAAUCUGAUAAACUGUUGAUUUACCAUGCGUCAAUCAGAUAAUUUAAAUGCACUGAUAUAUGCCUAACUCCUGUAUGUUUUGGUAAAGGUGGGGUCUUAGAGCUGAAAUAAAGCUUCCACUUUUGGUUUAUCUGUA